AUGGAUUUAAAAAAUAACAAUGUUCCUUUAGAAAUAAACAAUGUGGAUCAAGAGCUUGCCAAUAAAAUUAUGAAGCUGUUUACAGGUGAGCACACGGGCUUUGUUCGCGUUGGACCUAAAGGAUAUUUUUUCCCGCAAAAGUACACCGAAGAAGCAAGUAAAAUCUACAAUAUGCCACUAAGGGAUAGUGACGUCUUUGUAGCUAGUUAUCCGAGAUCGGGAACUACGUGGACUCAAGAACUAGUUUGGAUGGUGGCUAAUGACCUAGAUUAUGAAAAAUCAGCUGCAGUGCCGCUUACCCAGAGAUACCCAUUUUUAGAGUUUUCAAUAUGCGUCCAUCCCGUCAUGAAGAAAAAAUUCACGGAAGAGAAUAGUUACAGCGAGGACAAACUGAAGCUUUUAGAAGAUGUUAUCCAACCAGGGACUGAUCAACUAGCUUCUAUGCCUUCGCCUCGCUUCAUAAAGACACAUCUGCCACUAUCUCUGUUACCUCCGGAUCUGUUAGAAACAGCAAAGAUGGUUUAUGUGGCCCGGGACCCGAGGGAUGUAGUGGUAUCGUUCUAUCACCUCAACAGAUUGAUCAGAACUCAAGGCUACAUUGGAGAUUUCAAAACUUAUUGGCACUACUUUAUUAAUGAUUUACAUCACUGGACUCCGUACUUUGAACACUUAAAAGAAGCAUGGGAGAAAAGACAUCAUCCAAAUCUUCUAUUUUUGUUUUACGAAGAACUCUCCAAAGACUUGCAGAAGACAGUUCGUCGAGUGUCACAAUUUUUCAAUAAGGAUUAUACGAUGGACGAGAUAAUUAAAUUGUGCGAGCACCUCAGUAUCAUGAACUUUAAAAAUAACAAAUCCGUAAACUUCAACGUGAUGGCAGAACUCGGCGUGACUAUAACAGGGGAGCAAUCCUUCAUACGAAAAGGUAAGGCCGGUGGCUGGAGAGACUAUUUUGACGAAGAAAUGACUAAAGAAGCAGAGAGCUGGAUGCAAAACAAUCUGCGCGAUACCGACCUACGAUUCCCGCACUUAGAAGAAGAUUUCUAAAUAUUACAGGAUACAUCAAACCUAAGUUAUUAAAUUUUAAUAAAAGGUGAAAGUUGGGUGAUUUUUUUAGUUUGUUCUAUUAGCGUUUCUUCGGGUUUAAUUCAAUAACGGUGGUUUAUUAACAGCUGUGAUGUUACUACUCGGGCUUUUCCAAAAAGUCCACUGGAAAGUCACAGUAUAUAGCCGCCAUUUUAGGGCCGAGUCACACCGGAAUGGCAGCGGCCCCCGGCGGCCUCACGUGGCCCCCAUACUGCAUGCGCCUAGUCACCCCUUGACUAGUUUAGUUUCUUCAUUCGGCAAUGAUACUCGUGUGCUUGGAGUGAACAUGAUGGAAUUGGUUAUUAUAUAUAACCGCUGUGCCGCGGGCAGAUCUACCAACAAGACGCACGUGGCGCGCGGCUGUUCGCUUCACCGCGGGCGGGCGGCGGCUAUGUCGCAACCUUUUCUAGCUUUUCAAACGAUACUGAUCUUUUAAGUAUAUAGAUAAAGUAUAAAAUUAUUUCACACUGAAAGUGCUCGCUGCGACGCUGCCGGCCACUGCCAUUCCGGUGUGACUCGGCCCUUACUGAAAUUAAAUUUCAUCCCAUUUCAUCUAGUUUUAUUUAUUUUCAUCUUAAUUAAUUAGUCUCAAAUUAAUCAACUUAUCCUCAUUUCGCUUCUAUUAUAACAGAAUAUAAGAAAAUCUUAGACGCCGCCAUAGCUCUGGUUACCAGGCCACGAAAGCUUAAAAAAACAUAAAAAAAUAAAAUAACAAUUAUAGGGUGAUAAACAUUUAUUCCAAUAAUAUUAUUAUGCUCUAUUUAAGUAUUUCUUUGUAACACCAUAUCUUAAGUUUACGAUACAAUGGAGAUUUUGUAUGAACUACCAAAAUAAACGAUAUAAAUUUA